CAAGCCUGCCGAUUUGGAUGCCAUUCGCGACACUUGGAACCACGAGCUUCAGAGCUGUAUUUUUGCUCAUUCAAUCAAGCCGCUAAACCUGCCGCGAUGCCGGUUCCCUUCGAGACCCUGAUUCCCUAUGGAAUCAUCAUUGCUAUGUUUGGCGUGACGGGCGCUGGCCUGAACAAGAUCAAGAAUAUGGCGAGCGGCGGCAAGAGGCACAGGUGGUCGCUGGACCAGUGGGAUAAGCAAAUGAUGGAUCGGGACAGGCGACUCACGGGAUACUUGCGAGGCCAAACAGACAAUCCGAUAGCGCCGCCCGGAUUUGAAUUAAACAACCCUUGGAGAGUCGAGCGGAGAAUGUCAUAGAGAGCGAAUACGAGACAAGCGCUGCGGCCAUUGAGGCGACGAAAACCACUAGGCACCUUCG